AUGGGUGGAGUUGAGUUUGAAGGCACGGUUGAUCCCACCGAUGCUGAACAAUGGCUUGAAUGUAUAGAGAGGGUGUUUGAGCAGUUAGAGUGUUCUGAUGUUGCCAAAUUUAGGUAUGCCAUCUCGUUAUUGCAGAAAGAUGCUUAUGACUGGUGGGUAAGUAUGCCAAAUGCAAAAGCAAAACCUCCAGUUCUUACCUGGGAUGAUUUUGUUAAAGAAUUUCAUAUGAAGUAUGUCCCACCUGCUUAUUGUGAUGCUAAGAAAAAAGAGUUUUUGAAUCUAAGGCAACGAGGCAUAUCUAUUGCUGAGUAUCAACAAAAAUUUCUUAGACUCUCUCGUUAUGCUGGAGGCAUUAUUACCGAUGAAAAAGAUAAAUGCAGGAGGUUUGAAGAUGACCUAAAUGAUUCCAUCAGAAAGAAUGUGGCAAUCCUGCAACAUGAGAACUUUUGUAAAUUAAUUUCUGCGGCUUUCACUUGGGAAAGACUUGAUAAGGAAGAAGCUAGUAGACAUGAGAAUACAUUCCGAAAGCCUAGGUCAGAUUUUAGAGGUCCAUCCAAGAAGGGAAGGUUUGAUGAUUCUAAGGCUGGUAGUGUCAACAGGUCAGAUCAACAGAAGCAAAGCAAACUAAAUUUUUCUACAGCUAGUACCCCGAGUUAUAGCCAAGGCAAGACUCGUGUUCCCACUUGUGCAGAAUGUGGAAAGAAUCACUAUGGUGCUUGCAGGAGAACUUCUGGUGCAUGUUUUAAUUGUGGCAGCUUUGAUCAUAAAGUGAGGGACUGUCCUAGGCCUAAAAAUGUCCCUUCCUUGCAUACUGAGGGCUCGGUUAAUAAGUCUUCUAAUAAUCCUCCUUAA